CUCCCCUUCCCUGAGUUCCCUCUCCUCCACCUCGCUCCCACCACCUCCGCCUCCUCCUCGACUUGUUGAUCCGGAGCUCCGACGCACCAGCACCACAGCUCCGGCGCGAUGUUCUCUUCCGCGAGGGGCUUCUGGGGGCGGCACCGGCGGAAGAUACUGGCCUCGCUUGGGGUCGCCGGCGCCGGCUACGUCGCCUACAAGCUCUACGACGCGCACCGGAGUCAGAGCCAGCUCGUCCGGGUGGAGCAGCGCGCGCUCGAGGAGCGCGCCGCCGAGGAGAUAAUCAAGAACCAAUUGCAGACCCAUUUUGAAAAUGUGCAGAACAUCUCGGACACCACCACACUGCCUUUUGCUAUGCAUUAUCUCCGUUCAAGGAUCAUGGAGGAAUUGGAUAUUUCACACCUGACUGAGAGGCUAAUGCAUGGGAAGGGAGAACCCAGUGCCCUGACACCAAAGGAGAAGUAUGAUACUUGGGAGAAGAUAAAAAUUUUGAGUUUCACAAGGACAGUUUCUUCAAUAUGGGCAAUGACAUUGCUUAGCUUAUAUGUUAGAGUCCAGGUCACUAUAUUAGGCAGACAUCUAUACUUAGAUUUUGCUCGUGUUACAGAUGGUGCACAAUUGCAGGAGGGAUCUGAUACCUUUGGCAAAAACGGGCACAAAGACUUUCUUGCAACUGCUGAUUACCUUGCCACAUAUGGUAUCAAUGCAUUAAUUACAAAGAUGCAACAUGCUGCAACAGAUAUCUUGAAAGAGAAACAACUGAAAGACCCUAUGAGCAUUGAUCAAGUAUUAGAAACAAUUUUACAAAUAUUGAACCAGUUCAUGGGUCUUUGUGAAGAUAACUCUUGGAUAAAUUACCUUGUGCCUGAGAAUGCCAAUCUUUAUGCACAGUUGAUGGCUGUGUCCAGCAGCGGCUUUGAUGAUUCUUCACUUCUGAAAGAUGUUAGAAAGCUUGAUCAGUUAAUGUCUGAGACACGUAUAGUGUUGUCAAGUGAUGAUUUCAGAAAUAUCAUGGAUAGAUCAUUGAAGAAGAUAGCGGGUGUCGUAAUAGAGGACUUGGCUGUACAGAUUGGAACUCCAAUACCACCAUCUGGAUUGCCUUUGGCAAAGCUCUUGGCCAAAGUAGCUCAACUGAGCUUGCCAUUGCUUGAGGAGCCAAAUAAGAACAAGCACAUUCAGAUUAUCCGAAGUAUGCCUGAAGUGGAACUCUUCUACACUUUCCUCUACGCGAACAUGCCACCAGAAACAUAGUGAAACACACUGAUGUGGAAAUACAUUGGUUCCAAAUUUUGCCCUUAAAACUCCAAAAGACCUGAUCUAUAUGAUAUUUUGAGCAUUCUGAACUCGGGAAACAGAAGGCGGAGAGAACAGUGAUUUAUGCUCUACCCUAUAUGCGCUAGCGAUGUCCAGUUAUCACUAACACGGAUCUAACUGAUUGCAAUCCUUUCCUUUGAUUCAUGUAUCUGCUUGUGUGCUUCUAGCUAGAACUGGUACUGUUUCGGCCAUUUAUUUAUAUUUUUGGGAGCUUACUAUGAAAAUAACGCUUGACAGAUGUUUCAAACACUGAAUGGUUUAUGUAAAGUGUGAUAUAGAUAUUACUGUUGAUUGCUCAUUUGUUUGAAUGUAAAAUUUUCUAUCAAUGUUUUCUUUUGAUUGUUUAU